AUGGCAUCCCUCAAGACCCUUCUCGGCCUGCUUCCCUUGGCCAUCCCAUCUCUGGCCUCGAGCCUCAACUCCGAGUACACCUUCAACCCACUCCACCAUCUUGCCGGCAUAUCGCCCUACUUUGAGCCUCUGGACCCCCCGAGAUCUCCAGACGCGCCGCAGGGCUGCACCGUGACCCGUGCUGCCUACCUCAGCCGCCAUGCCGCCAUCUAUGCGAAUGACUUUGACUAUGAAGAGUACAUGGAGCCCUUCAUCGCCAAGUGGAAGAACCACACCUCUGUGGACUGGGCCCGGAUCCCCUCGCUCAGCUUCCUAGCCCACUGGGAGCCGCCUGUCACCGAGGCCGAGGCAUCUCUCCUGACCAGGAUGGGCAAGCUCGAGGCCUCCCAGCUCGGCGUUGACCUCAGCUUCCGCUACCCAAACCUCAGCCUACCCCAGCAGGUUUGGACCUCGUCCGCUGAACGCACCUUUGAGUCCGCCAAAUCCCUCGUGCGCGGCUUCGAGCGCGAGGAUAACACCAUCCGCGUCGUCAAAAUCUACGAGGGUAAGGAGUCUGGUGCCAACAGCCUGACGCCCUACAAGGCCUGUCCGGCAUACUCGGGCGCCACCGGCAGCGAGCAGAGCGAGGUGUACCAGGAGAAGUUUACCAAGUCCAUCAAGGCCCGCUUCAACGCUGCCGCCCCUGGGUUUAACUUCACCACCAAUGACGUCUUUGGAAUGAUGCAGCUCUGCGGCUACGAAUCUGUGAUUAAAGGUCGCUCCAAGUUUUGCGACCUCGACCUCUUCGGCCCGGACGACUGGCUAGGCUGGGAGUACUCGGAAGACGUUCGCUACCAUUACAACGUCGGCUACGGCUUCCCCGCCGCCGGCUACAUUGGCAUGCCUUGGCUGCAGGCGACGGCCGACCUGAUGACGCGCGAUGGCGGCCCUGACGCCGAGGAUCUGUACAUCAGCUUCACGCACCGCGAGCUUCCUCCCAUGGUCAUGGUCGCCAUGGGCCUGUUCAACAAUUCGCAGUUUGGCGGCUCCGAAGCCACCAUCAACGCCACCAUGCCCUCGGACAUGGAGAACCCGCACCGCGCCUGGCGGUCCUCGCACAUCGUCCCCUUCAUGACCAACAUCGCUCUCGAGCGCCUUGAGUGCUCCGGCAGCCACGGCUUCGAAGACGGCCAGUACCACCGCGUCCUGGUCAACAGCUCACCCCAGCUGAUUCCCGGUUGCAACGACGGGCCGGGUACGAGCUGCUCCAAGGCCUCGUUCCAGCAGUUCAUCAAGGAGAGGACUGAGCGGUUCAAGGGCUUCUCGGAAAAGUGCGGCGUGUCAUACAAGAACUCGACCGAUACGAUGACCAUUUACACCGACGGCAAGGCCGGAGACGGCAGUUUUGUUGGAAAGCGCUACAAUGCAUUCCCCGAGGAAUAG